AUAAACUUUAAAAUUUAAUUGAAAUCACAGUGGCAAAUAAAAACUUUACUUUUUCUUAAGUAAAAGCGUCGAGAAUAUAAUUUUUUUUAAUAAUGGCAAUAUCACGAUCCGACUCGAGACCCCCAUUCGAGUUCUUGUACGGUGUGUUAAAAAUAAACACACGGAGCGUGGAAACACGAUAUUUUCCACGAUUAACAUUAUUUUCGUGAUUGAGUUAGUGGAGAUAUUAAGGAGAGAUUUUAAGGAGCGCGGAUUAUAUAGCGCGAGAGGGAUGAGGCGACGCUGAAAGAUACACGAUAUAAUCACGAUAUAAUGUUCCUCUUGAAAACGGCCGAGAGGAGCAGAUUCGAGAAUUGGUAAGCGCGUCGAUUGAAUCGCCCUGAGCAAUUAAGGGGAACCUGGAAUAAUGCCCACCAUAGCGAAUUCGUCGCUCACCUACGAGAUUCUCAUGUACCUGAAUUCUUUCUACUUCGGUAUGUUCGCCGUGUGCGAAUUCGGCAUGGGACUGUUCAAGGUCGCGAACUUUCCCUCACCGGGCACGAGCAAGACCCUGACAGAGUUUGCGCUACUGUUCUUCCUGAUGGCGACGGAGAGUGGCAGGAUUUACCUGGGAAGGAAGGGGAAUUUGACUGAGCGUGGAAUACCGAUUUUUAUUGGGAUAGUCCUGACUGUUCCUAGCAUGUUAGCAACGCUCUAUUUCCUCCUUUGGCAGUCCCGCGUGCUCAAGUUAGAGAUGAUUCUCUGUAGCAUACAGUUAGUUCUAUUGACGUCCGAAAUGGUCAUUGCUAUUAUGUGCCUUAUAGCCAUUUUUCGACCACGGAAUCCGGAGAAAUGAUAUAGCUUUUUCAUGUUUCACGUCGCACGAUAAUUCUAUUUUGCACUUGUCAUUUCACUUAACAAUCCAUUCCGAGUGUUAACAGUUUGUCAGAUGAGGCUGAGCUGUCUGCUGUUGCUAUUGUAAGAUAGUAAGACUUCAUCCUUAAUAAUGUUAAUUAUUGUAUGUCUACAUCUAAGAAACAAAUCUACAGUACCGCAUAUUUUUCCUGAAUUUGGUAAAUUUGCAUUCUGCGUAAUACAUUACACAUGUAUAAACUGAAAUGUAGUGUGCAUCGGUGUUUCGCAAAUAUCUUUUAUUAAAUAUUAAAAAUAAAGACUGGCUACUAUAGGAAAAUGCUAAGAAUCUACUUUUAUAUUUUCCUUGACAUAUAUAUGCUUGCAUAUAAAAUGCAAAGAUUUAAAAUUUUACAAACAAAUUAUAUAUUUGAGUAGUGUGCCUUGUACAUACACUACAUCUACAUUCCAUAGACUGAGAAUUAAAACAUAAAUGGAAUUUAAAUUUUGUACAAUAUGAUAAUCUCUUAAAAGAUAUUCACACUGUACUCAGUAGCCACUUUAUUUCAUUUAAAAGCAAUUGUGUAAGAAUAAAACUGAAAAAAUUAUGUUUUACGCUAAAAACUUGAAUUUCUAUAAUUAAUAUUAACAAUAUAAAUACUGCCAUUUAUAUAUAUUUAAUGUUUAAACAGAAAUAUAUUUAAAAAAUAUAUUUCUAAGGAAAAAAAAAGCAAAAAGGAAGUUGUGUAAUCUCAGUGGUAUGUCUGCAUUGAAUAUAAUUGUUUGUAUUGAAAGAAAAGCUUGCUGUAUACAUAUUUGUUUGUAUAUGUAUUUAUAUCAAAAUAAAUAUUUUUUAAAUAAAUAA